ACGCCUACCAACUAAAGCAGUCUACACUCUUGAGAACAACAGGCCUCUGCUGGUUCACCAGCUACAGUAAUAAUGUUUUCAAAAUCUGAAAGAUGGAAAGAAACUGUGGAUACUAUUCCUCCUGUUGGGGCUUAUGAUGUGUCGACUGACGCUAAAAGAAUCGGUGGAACAUUUGAAAAGGGCAGCAGAUUUAGGCAAUCUAGCCCUUCUUCUGACAGGAGCGGUGACUCCUCUACUACAUCUGCCUCAAGUAAAUAUUCUUCCUCGUCAUUAAAGAGACCUAAGCAACAAACUAAACCAGCAUCCAAGACCACUAACUCAAGCAGUGAUCACCACUCAUUGCCUGGGAACAUUGCCGAACUGGAGCAACAGAUCAGGAAACUGGUUUUAGAAAACACUGAGCUCAACAAGCAGGUCUCUCAGGGCAAACAGGAAGCAGUCAGACUAGAUGGAAAGCUACAAACAUUAACAAAAGAUAAAUUAGAAUUGCAAGCCGCCAUUGCUGUCCUGGAGAGAGAGAACCGUGACCUUGUACGAGGGAAAGACAUACUCCAAGCAAAAGCAGCUGCAACUCCUGACAAUAAGAGACUUCAAACUGAAUUAACUCAAACACACAAAGAACUUGAGGCUACUCAGAAGGAGGUUCAGAAACUCACAGGUCAAUUACAAUCAACACAGAAACACUUAAAGGCUGAAGUGAGCAACUUAAAGGAGAAAAACAAUGAGCAAAAGGCACACGUACAGCAACAAGUUGCAGAGAUUAAGAGGAUUCAAAAUGAGAGGGAACAGCUCUCACUUGAUUUACAAAAAUCAAAAGAAUUAGCAGCAACACAAGCUUCACAUUUGGAAUCAGUCCAAUCUGAACUAUCAGCAUCAAAGCAGCACUUAGAGGCUACAACAAACGAAAGAGAUGAACUAGUUAAAGAGCUUGAGACAUUAAAAGUCAAACUGUCCUCAACUGAAGAGAAACUCAGAGAGGAAGAGACAAAGAGUCAAGGCUACCUGAAGGAACUGGGCGAGAUGGAAGAAACAGUGACAUCAAAAUCAAACGAGAUACAAGAAAUGAACAAGAAACUAGAUGAAUCUGGUAAAGAAAAGGAAGAACUGGAGAGUGAAAUUGCUAGACUCUUAGCUGAAAUUGAAGAGCUGAAGAAACAAAUACAAUCACUAGAAGAACAACUACAAGCUGAGCAGAAGAAAGUGAAGAAGCUAACAAAAGACAAGGAAGGUUUGAAUAAGGAACUGUCGGCUCAGAAUGACAAAGUGAGAGAUCUUGAAAAGAAGCAGAAAGAGUUGGAAAAGAAAGUGAAAUCACUUGAAGAAGAGCUCCAAUUGAUACAGAAACAAAUGAAAGAAAAAGAUAAAUCUCUUAAAAAGGUCACAAAUGAGAGGGACAGUCUAUCAAAGGAAAUGCGUCAGAUGAAAAAAGAUUGUGAAGAACACAUCAAACGAAUCACAGAACUUGAAGAACUGCUCUCGGCACAAGUUUCUGAUAAAGAGAAGAUGAUUAAAGUGUUGAAGGAUCAAGUCCAGGAAUAUCACGUAAAAUUGGACUCCAUCAAAUCUUCUUCAUCAAGUCCCAAGAAUGAGACUGAUGGUGACUCUAGUGAGCUAUUACAAAAAGCAGAGAAGAAAAUCCUGGACUUAGAAGCUAAGGUGGCAAAACUAGAAGCAGAACUCAUUGCUAGGGCUGGAGUUGAUCUAUUGACUGAUGAUGAGAAGACAGCACAGAGGAUCAGUGAGAGAUAUAUUGAAGAUGGUGAUGAUACAAGCGAUGAUACUGGUCUGAAUCAAGAGUCUAAAACUAUCAAAAAAUUAGAAAGGGAAAUUGCAAGAUUAAAAAGUGAUAGAGACUCCCUUCAAGACAAAUACAUGACACUGCAACAAAAAUGGCAACCAUUUCAGGAUCAGUUGGAUGGUCUUGAAGACAUUAACCAUUUGCUGCAGUCACAAUCAACACUAGCUCAAUCAGAGAUCGAGAAGAUCAGUGCUAUGUAUGCUAAGCUAUUGGGUCACCAGAAUCAAAGACAAAAGAUACAGCACGUGAAGAAACUGAAGGAAGAAAAUAUGAGCCUUAAACAAGAAAUAGCACAGUUGAAUACAACAGUUAACAAGCUAACAAGACAAAUGAAAAGGCUAGAAGACGAGAAGGGACACCAUACUAAGAGAACUCCAAUGACCCCACUCUCAACUAAGAACUGAUUACAAUGUGCAUAGAUUAUGCUUACUUAUACUUUUACACUGGUUUUUAGAUAUAAUGAUCCAAUCCACAACAUUCCUCACUGUAGACUGAUUUUGUGUUGAUUUUUGUAUUAGAAUAUAUUGUAGAUACUAAAAUAA